CCAAGAGGUUCCGGGGCUGCAUCCGCCAGGGGAGCGGAGCCCAGUUGCGCCUCCUACCGGGGCGACCCCUCCAGCAGCCGGAGGGAGACAACGGAGCCAGGAUGUGGUUCUUCUCCCGGGACCCGAUCCGCGACUUCCCCUUCGAGAGCGUCGCCCCCCAAGAGCCGCCACUGCAGCCGGGCGGGCCCUGGCAGCUGCACCGCGGCAGGAGGAAGGCCACAGGCGAGCCGGUGUCCCUCUUUGUGUACGACGUGAAACCCAACUCCGAGGAACAGGCGCAACUGGCUAAGGCCGCCUUCAAGCAUUUGAAGACGCUGCGACACCCCAAUAUCCUGUCCUACAUUGACGGGUUAGAGACGGAGAAAUGCUUGCAAGUGGUGACAGAGCCGGUGGUACCUCUGAGGGCCUAUUUGGAGUCACGAGGCGAAGCGAAGGCUUUGAACGAGCAGGAAAUCUCAUGGGGUCUCCAUCAGAUAGUGUCCAUGCUGCUUCUGGCUCCAAAGCUGAACGAGAGCAACCUCAACGUGGAGCUCAUGAAGCACUUUGCCCGCCUGCAAGCUCGGGACGACCAGGGGCCCAUCCGUUGCAAUACCACCGUGUGCCUCGGCAAGAUUGGACCCUACCUGAACGCCAGUACAAGGAAGAAUGUCCUUGAUAAUAGACGGGCCUUUUCUCACUCGGAGCCACAAAAGGAUCCUUUUGCCGUCACACACGGGCUGCUGCUGGCAAGUCACUGGGCUUUUUCAAAGCCACCUCACAACUUCUUCGCCAUGAACGACUGUGCCUUCAAAAUUCUGCCUGUGCUCUGCACGUUAACGAUGGAUACGGAGAAGUCAGUCCGGGACCAGGCAUUCAAGGCCAUCCGGAGCUUCCUGACAAAACUGGAAACAGUUUCCGAAGACCCGGCUCAGCUCACAGAACUUGAGAAGGACGUCCACGCCCCCUCCGCCAGCCCUGGGGCAGGGGCAGCAGCCAGCUGGGCAGGGUGGGCUGUGACAGGGGUCUCGUCCUUGACGUCAAAGCUGAUCCGGACCAACACGGGGGCGGCACAAAUGCCUGAGGCGACGCCAUCCAGUACACCGUCGGAGACCCCCAAAGCAGGGCCUGGGCCGCCUUCUGCCCCAGAGGUGGCAGCGGCCCCCUCAUCCAGCCAUUGGGACCUGGAGGAGGACGUGACGGAGGAGGACAGCUUGGCUGACCGGUGGGACGAUGAUGACUGGGGCAGUCUGGAGCAAGAGGCUGAAUCAUCAAAGAGACACAGCAGCUCAGAGGACUGGAGCAGCCCUGGAUGGCAGGAACCAGCCCCAGCUGCCAAGAAAAGUGGAGGCAGGACGGUUACUGGCUCCUCUACAAGGCAGGAAUCUGACUGGAAUACCUCCGACUGGGAGCUGGAGUCCUCCUGGAGUCACCGGAAGGGACAAGGCUCUGCGGCAGAUGAGGGCUGGAACAGCGGUUGUGAUGGUGACCUGACCUCUGGGCUGACCCCCAAAGCUGCCACAGCCCUCCCAGAAGGCACCAGGCUGGCUAGCGAGUACAACUGGGAGUGCGUGGCCACGGCACAGAAGCCGGACCCCUUUUCUUCUCUAACAGCCAAGCCAGAGAUAGAUAAUCAGAGAAACACUGAGGUGCUUGGAGACUGGGGCUCAGAAGAAAACUGGGAAGCACUAGAGUCGGACCAUGGGCCCAGCAAGGCUGAGUUGGCACGAAAGAAGCGGGAGGAGAGGAGGCAGGAGAUUGAAGCCAGGCGAGCCGAGAGGAAGGCAGCCAAGGGACCCAUGAAGCUGGGGGCGAGGAAACUGGACUGACAGCCUUUCUCGUUCCGUUGGGAAGAGCGCCCGUUGCUGCUAAAGCUUCUGGAAGGAUUUUCCUUGUCCUCGAAGGAGGUUUUCGUAGAGGAAGACUCCCAAGCCACUCUGCAAUUUGCCUGGGUGGGGUGGGGAGCGAACUGCUACAAAUGCCCAUCGCCUGCUGGCCAGACCAGAAAAAUCCCCCGCCAAGAACUGCUCCAGCUUUGGCUAUUCCCCUUUGCCUGCAGGUUCCUCCCUGCUGUGAAGGACCAGACUUGAACUCCAAAGGAAGGGGGGUGGGGUAGAAGAAGAUGGGGAGAAAUAAGUGUCUCUGCAUAGAAUAGUUGACUCUGUCCCACUGUCGGCUGCGGGGUUUUCUGUAGGGAGGAGGGAGUUACUUGUUCGAAUGUUCUGCAGUUUUAUUGGUUUACGUGGAAGAUUACACAGAAAUAAAUUAACUUUAAGGAG